GUGGACAAACACAUACGCAGGCUAGACUCGGAUCUGGCAAAGUUUGAAGCCGAGAUAAAGGAGAAAGCUCUUAACAACAGCAAAAAGGAAGAGGAAACUAACAGUAAGAAAAAAGGAAGAAAGAAAAAAGAAGAAAAAGGCAAAAACAAGAGGAAAGGAAAUCAGUCGGACGAGGAGGAAGCAACGCCCAAGACCGGUCGCAAGAAACUGAAGAAAAAACACGGGGAAGCGGAGUCGGUCAUCGCGUCGGUCCUUCCUUGUCUGUCUAUAGCUCACCCCUCCGACGUGCUGGACAUGCCGGUCGACCCCAACGAACCUACUUACUGUCUCUGCCACCAGGUGUCCUAUGGGGAGAUGAUCGCUUGUGAUAAGAUGGACUGUCCAAUUGAAUGGUUCCACUUUGCCUGUGUUGGACUGACUACAAAACCCAAGGGGAAAUGGUACUGUCCCAAGUGCUCAACUGAGAGAAAGAAAAAGUAGCCCUAGAAUUAUUGGGUCAUUUGUAUAAUGUUCUAUUUUUUAAAGGAUAUGAAAUUAGCCAUGUUAUUUGUUACAUAGUAGGUAUAUGGUUGGUGAAGAUUAUAUAGUCAUUAUGAACAAAGUGUAAAUUUAUUAGGAAAUGGAAGUGUGGAGUAUUUUUAUGCCAAAACUAUGUCAUAAAUCAGGUUUUCCUUUUUUCUUUUUCCUUUACCAUACCAUGAUACAGUACAGUGCAUCAUGUUCACCUCUGCUGGGUGGUGUUUUUUACGGUAAGUUGGGUCUGACAGUUCUCCUCCUCUAUGGAAAUAACUGAUGUGUUUAAGAGUAUAUCAAACCUUGAUUCUCUGAUGCAUUGAACUGUUUACAUUAACAAAGUGUAGGAGUGGUGGUAGAGUACAAGAGUGAGUGUGUUAUGAGGACAAGACAACAGUUGUGAGUGAAUGAUUCAAUGUGAGUGAGAGGCUUGUUUUGUUUUUUUCCUUUUAUCACCUGUCGACGUGAGAGAGAAAAAUGCCAGCAAGAGCGCAAACAAUCGACUUGAAUACUCAUUUCUUUUACAUACGACUUGUGGUUUAUUUCGUAGAAUGGAUGGGUGGGGGGUAUGGUGUUCUCCUGGUGGGUGGCUCUCAAACCUUACUUUAUCACAAUACACACAUCACUGUCCACACUUAAGGGACUAAAGAAAGACCAAUGUGAAAUUAUGUCUCAAAACAGAUUUCAGAAGUGAUGUCAGAAUAAUUGAGUUAAAUCUCCUUCUUCAAGUCAUUGUGUAUUGGAAGUUUUCUCAGCGGUAGAUUUUAUGUGUGUGCGUGUGUAUGUGUGUAUAUAAUGUAUGUAUAUUAUUUAUUUUUGAGUUCCCCUCGGUACAGACAAGGAAGAUGAGUACAGUGACUUAACCCCCUUGAGUACCAUAACUUAACCCCCUUGAGUGCUGUGACAACCCCUUGCGUACCGUGAUUUAAACCCCUUGAGUACAGUGACUUAACCCCCUUGAGUACCGUGACUUAACCUUCCUUGAGUACUGUGACUUACACCCAUAUUAUUAAGCAACAACAUCUUCCCUCUCUGACGAAGAGUCUUCUUGAAGGGAUUGUUCUUUCAAGCGGUAUUUUUAAUUGCUCGAAUCUCUUCCCCUUUGUGUGGGACCAAGUAGGGUAAUACUGUCCACUUUGCCGAUGCAUUAUGGAUCGUCUUACUCGUGUGCGUUUGUUUGCCUUCGUUGGCGCUAAUAUUAAGAGUACCGUACUGCGCUCUCAUCGUGGACAUUUUUUCCUUCCAAUCAUCAAGGGCAAGUCCUAUAACGCAGAGAGAGUGUGAUUUAUUAGUCCAUUUGAUUGGGGAGGAAAAAUUGUUACAAAAUAAAAAUACUUGUGGAAAGCCUGUUAGUUACAAACACAAGGGAAAUAUAAAUUUUCUAAAGUUUCCUUUGUUAUUUUCAAAUAUAACUAAUGUACAGUAAUG